UGUAUACGUUGGCGUCGCGUUUGCCUUUUGCGUUUGGGUUUGCGUUUACCAGCUAAAUAUUAUAAGAAUACUGCUGUUCGCUCUACUCGUGCUCGCCGUGCUCUCGUCUCCGUUCAUCCAGUGUUCGUUCGCAUUGCAUUGGCCAGUCUCAGCCUCUCAGUCUUCGCACUCGUCUUUGCUUUGGGCCUUGCCUUGCCUUGCGCUUGCGACUAGCGCCCUACGUAUUCGCCUCAGACGUAUCAUCUCUAUCUUUGCUAACAUUAUCCGCCUCCGUAACCUGGCUUGUAAUCAUAAACAAAACCAGACGUGGAUAUUGUGCAACGGUAGCUUUUUUACUCUCUGCCCAGCACUCGCACGAUGUUCUGCGCUUGAACCGUUAAACCGUCGGCAUAUAGCGUUCGAUCGUAUCAGUUUGUGCUAUUUCGCAUCGAUCGUACAUAAUUGCGUCGUGGUCCGAAACUGAAAAAGUGCAUUUUUUAAAUACAUACUUACUCCACCUAAAAUAAACUAAAUGAAACAAAAUGUCUCGAAAUGGAAACCCAAUUAAACAUAAUCACCAAAAUGCAAAAUCGUAAAAAAUAAUAACAGCAAUUGAAACAGGAUAUCCCAAAUUACAAUAAUAACUCCUGAAAUUGUGCCAAUUCAGUCUAUUCAAAUAUACAUAAGUAUAUAGAAAUACAUACAUAUAUGAGAAGUUCAACGGCAAUCCGAAUCGUGUCGCGCACUUCAAGAAUAAUUAUUAGUUGUACUUGAAUAUCGAAUUCAAUUAAAUGACAGUGCACAGUAAUGAAACCGGUGUAUGUUUAGUAAUGAAUGCCGUUUCAACUCGCCUUGCUGCUUCAUCGCCCACCACACCGUCUACGAGCACCGCUCAGACGCUUCACCCACAGGCACAGUCAUUGACAUUACCUUCGUUAGCAAAUUCAUCGCCCGCCAUUGGUAGCGGUCCAGGACCGGGGCCUACGUUGACCGCGGCUGUUGCCGCAGCUGCCGCCGGCUUGCCAACCAACGUGCCCCUUCCAUUGACGGUACCUGGGUCUGGGUCCGCUGGUCACAGUGCAAUGGUAACCUCAACAGUGCCGCCGGGCGCGCGUUCCACCUCUCCGUGUGCAGCAGUAGCUGUCACACCGUACGGAUCAGCAUCGAGCGGAAGUGGAGCAGCCGCUGGUCCGGCCGCUUUGCCAACUGUUGGCGUCGGCCCGCCGCCAGGGAGUCUGCAGGUGUCAUCCUCUGCGAACCCGAACCCCAAUCCAAAUUCAAGUCGCUGCUGUGACACUGGCCGCACCAUUUACACUGAUCCUGUUAGCGGUCAAACGAUUUGCUCCUGCCAGUACGAUAUGCUGAGCUAUCAGCGUUUGGCAGCAGCCGGCGGUCUCGUUGCGGGACCCGGCGGUGUCCCACUUGGAGUGUACCCCGAAGGCAUGUCUGCCUACCUGUCAGGCAUUGCGGCAGAUCAGCCUCCAUUCUACGCUAAUCCGGCUGGUAUCGACUUAAAGGAGAACCUAGUGGCCGGUGGAGCUCCGUGGCCGUACCCUUCCAUGUACCAUCCAUACGAUGCAGCCUUUGCUGGAUAUCCCUUCAAUAGCUAUGGCAUGGAUUUAAAUGGUGCUAGGCGCAAAAACGCAACCCGCGAGACGACAUCGACUCUCAAGGCUUGGCUAAAUGAGCACAAAAAGAACCCAUAUCCUACAAAAGGAGAAAAAAUAAUGCUAGCCAUUAUUACCAAAAUGACGCUUACCCAGGUAUCGACCUGGUUUGCUAAUGCAAGAAGAAGACUGAAAAAGGAGAACAAAAUGACUUGGGAGCCAAGAAAUCGAGUUGACGAUGAUGACGCUAAUAUUGACGACGACGACGAGAACGAUAAGAACACAGAAGACAACGAUAUGCUAGAUGCAAAGGAUUCUGGACUAGGCUCUAGUGACGAUAAAGAUCGUAUUAGCAGGCUGGGUGACUUGAUGACAGAUCGUCCCGGUGAAAGCAACAACAGCGAGUGGUCAGAGUCUCGGCCGGGCUCACCAAACGGUUCACCGGAUCUUUAUGACCGCCCUGGCACGCAUCCACUUUUUCACCCCGCCGCCCUGCAUCAUCACUUUCGGCCUCCAACUGGCUCGCCCCCGGAUAUCGCCGCUUAUCAUCACCAUCAGCAACAGCUAUUGCAGCACCACCAGCAAGCACAACAGAAUCCUCAUCAGACCGCUGUCGGUGGCACUAGCAGUAGUCUGACAGUUAAGCCUCGCAUUUGGUCACUGGCAGAUAUGGCCAAGGACGGUAAAGAGUCCAAUUCAGCACCCAAAGAAAAUUCACCAGCCAACGAGCUGCCACCGUCUCAGCCAGCCUUCUAUGGACACCCGACCCAACAUCCGCAUCCAUCUGCAGGUAAAAUACUUUCUCCACUAGCCGCUCGCAUCCCAAACUACUCGCCUUAUGUACGGCCCGAUCUGUACCGCGGCUUUUAUGGACCGGCAGUGGCAGCAGCUGCACACUUAAAUGCCCCCACCCAAGAAUUUCUUGAACACCAGCGGCAUUUUGGUGCUACAUUAGCAGCUCACAACGGACUCGGGAUGAACCCCUUAUUAUGGAAGGCUGCUGUAUCAGGGGCCGCCACUGGACAACAUUUCGCACCACUAAGUCUGACUACCAGCAGUAAUUCAGGACCGGCGCAAGUGGCAACGCUCCCAGGCGCAUCGCCGUCGGCAUCCAGCACAUCCUCAUCAAUGGGAUGCGAUGUUGUGCACAUGCCCACCAGUGGUGUCCACACUGCCGGACAACAUAUGAUCGGGCCUAUUUCUAGUAACUCGACUAGCUCAUCAUCAUCCUCCAAUUCGGGCAAGAUCUCGCCUGGCAUAAAUGUGACUUCCGUGAGCGGCAAGCCAUGACACUCAUCGCCGACAGCUUCAGCGUCCACGUCCCCUGAUCCGUGCGCAAUGUCCCCGAUGGUUGCGAACUCGACAACAGUUUCUCCGCUCUCGGCAUUCCGGUCUCUGUCACUUAUCGCAAUUCGGGAACAUAAUCUGCAACAGAAAACACCCAAGCUGACCAUGCUUAGGCCUUAGCCAAAUGUGCAAUGCUCCCUAUCGGACUAUCUUAUGUAGGACAGUGGAGGCGAUCGGAAAGAGAAGGAAGGACAUUGAACUUUCGGACAAUAAUUUACUUGUGAUUAUUCGGUAUAUUGAUAAACGCCGCAAACACCAAAAACUUAAAAACAUCCCGUUAGCAUGAGCGGUUCUGUUCUGUUGACAUUACAAAACCGCACAGCAAUUGGCGACCACACCUUUGUGCAAUUUUGUAGGAGAAAAAAUCCUGUAAUUGAUUGAAUAAAUAAAAAUAUAUAUACAUAAAUGCAUUCAACAUAUGCAAUCAGAGCUUAUAGAGAGUAAAUUUGUAAGAAUUAGCAAAAUCGUCCCUAAUGGCAUCAGGCAGACACAGUCGCACACAGUUUAUCGAGCACGCUUGUAGAUUGAACUGGCAAUCAACAUUCGCCCAGUCCAUCAAGUAUCAUCAUAAAUUUAAAAAAUAGGAGUUUUGCAGAGGUUUGGUCUACUCACUUUGACACGUGCACAAACAUUUAUGUACAUAUAAUUUUAAUUGCAACUCAUAAGAAAUUAUAAAGCAAACAACUGAGGCACUGUGCUAUACUUUGAAUCCAUGCCAAUAUUCGAUUUAAACUUAUUUACAUUUGAGAGUGCAUAAGGUUUUGUAUACGUUGUAAUAGUAUUUGCAUAGACGUUUAGAUCUUAUAAUGUCCGUAUGGGUGGCCUCAAACAUAUCAACGUCCUUCUCCGAAAUCUAUACCCGCCCUUACCCAAACCAAAUAUACAAGUUAUCGCGAGCAAUGAUUGAAUUAGUUGUUUUUGUUUUUAUUGUCUUAAGUUAAAUCUUUGUUCCUGUCGUUUAUAAAUCUUAUUUUAUUUAUGUUACUAUUAUGUACGAAGCAGGCAAAUAUUUU